UGUGUUCACCUCUCCCCUGGCAGAGCUGUUCUUUGCCAGUCAUUCGGAGAGGCUGACUCCCCACGUGCCAGGCAGCAUCCGUCCGCCCUCACACCCACCCCGGGCUGCGGCGUGGGGAGGGGGUAAAGGAGCCACCAACUCGCGGGAAACUUUCUCUCGCGGGAAAUGACUGGGGGUUUCCGGUUUCCUCAGCCCUUCCACGCCGGGCUCGACGGCACUCAAUAAAGUGGUGCCACAACUAUUGCAGGUUCUGAGCUGCAGAGACCCGGGCGGCCCGCAGAAACGCAUCCCCGGCAAGGAACGCGGCGCCCUUUACCACCGAAUGCGCCCAGGACGCGGUGGCCGACAGCCCGGGGCCACUGGCGGGGCUCGGCGGGUGCAGGGAGACUUAGCGCCAGGAUGCUUUGUUUUCCUGCCGCAGGAGCCCGCGGCGGUCUCUUUCCACCAGACUUAACCCUCCCGCAGCAACAGCCAUGAAAGUUGCGGAGGCACAGAAGGAGAGGGAACCGCUCCGCGCGGCAUCUGUUUUGGAUGUUUUUUCUCUACACAGACCACUUCUUUCCUCCUUCUUGGGUGGCCGUUCCUGCAGCAGCGCCCCCGGUGUGCCAGCCCAAGGGCACCACUAACGGGCAUUACGCGGCCCCACGCCUCUCCAUCUCCUCCCGAGCCACGGUGGUAGCCAGAAUGGAAGGUGCCUCCCAGGGGGCCCUGCAGACCGUCAUGAAGUGUAAAACAGUGGUUGCCAUCUUCGUGGUCGUGGUGGUCUACCUCGUCACGGGCGGUCUCGUCUUCCGGGCAUUGGAACAGCCCUUUGAGAGCAGCCAAAAGAACACUAUUGCCAUGGAGAAGGCAGAAUUCCUGCGGGAUCAUGUCUGUGUGAGCCCACAGGAGCUGGAGACAUUGAUUCAGCAUGCUCUUGACGCUGACAACGCAGGAGUAAGCCCCAUAGGAAACUCUUCUAACAACAGCAGUCACUGGGACCUCGGAAGUGCCUUUUUCUUUGCUGGAACUGUCAUCACCACCAUAGGGUAUGGGAAUAUUGCUCCAAGCACUGAAGGAGGCAAAAUCUUUUGCAUUUUAUAUGCCAUCUUUGGAAUUCCACUUUUUGGUUUCUUAUUGGCUGGAAUUGGAGACCAACUUGGAACCAUUUUUGGGAAGAGCAUUGCAAGAGUGGAGAAGGUCUUUCGAAAAAAGCAAGUGAGUCAGACCAAGAUCCGGGUCAUCUCGACCAUCCUGUUCAUCUUGGCCGGCUGUGUUGUGUUUGUGACAAUCCCCGCUGUCAUUUUCAAAUACAUUGAGGGGUGGACGGCCCUGGAGUCCAUUUACUUUGUGGUGGUCACUCUCACCACGGUUGGCUUUGGUGAUUUUGUGGCAGGGGGAAACGCUGGCAUCAAUUACCGGGAGUGGUAUAAGCCCCUAGUGUGGUUUUGGAUCCUUGUUGGCCUUGCCUACUUUGCAGCUGUCCUCAGUAUGAUCGGAGAUUGGCUACGGGUUCUGUCCAAAAAGACAAAAGAAGAGGUGGGGGAAAUCAAGGCGCACGCGGCCGAGUGGAAGGCCAACGUGACGGCGGAGUUCCGGGAGACGCGGCGGCGGCUGAGCGUGGAGAUCCACGACAAGCUGCAGCGGGCGGCCACCCUCCGCAGCAUGGAGCGCCGGCGCCUGGGCCUGGACCAGAGGGCACACUCGCUUGACAUGCUCUCCCCCGAGAAGCGCUCCGUCUUCGCCGCGCUGGACGCGGGCCGCUUCAAGGCCUCGUCCCAGGACAGCAUCAACAACCGGCCCAACAACCUACGCUUGCAGGGGUCCGAGCAGCUCAACAAACACGGGCAGGGAGCCUCUGAGGACAACAUAAUCAACAAGUUCGGGUCCGCCUCCAGGCUCACCAAGAGGAAGAACAAGGACAUCAGAAAGACCUUGCCCGAGGAUGUUCAGAAGAUCUACAGGACCUUCCGGAAUUACUCCCUGGAUGAGGAGAAGAGAGAGGAGGCGGCGGAAAAGGUGUGUAACCCGGACCACUCGAGCACGGCCGUGUUGACUGACUGCAUCCAGCCGCAGGCCGAGAUGGAGAAUGGCGUGGCCCCCACGGACACCAAAGACCAGGAGCGCGAGAACAACGCAUUACUUGAAGGCAGAAACUAAACGGUAAGGACAUUGGACUUGACCCAGCGUUGUGGGUUUUGUUUGUUUGUUUGUUUUUUAAUUCACCCUGAGACACGUGCCUUAAACAAGACUUCUCGUUAGUCCGAAAUUACAUAGCAUCGAAGAAUAUAUUUCACUGUGCCAUAAACGACUGAGAAAGCUUGCUCUGCCCAAAGGAAUCAAAGAACAAGGACUUCACUUUCCAUCUCGACCGCAGGACACCCAGGGAGCCUUCGCAGGCAUAGGAGGUCACGGCCGCAGAGGUCAAGGGCACGUCCAGGCGAUGCUGUGCCCCAGUGAAGCGCCGCCCCGCUCUGGCGGGUAGAAAAGGGCAGCUAUUCCUUAGACCAGCCGUCUGAAAGGAAUAGGUGUGUCUUUUAAAUGGAGUCAUUUCCUGAACCUACCGUUAGCGAUAUGUGCGCACACAGAAGGGGACUGGAUUGGGGGGUGAAGUGGUACUUGUAACUGGGGUUAGAGUGGACAUUUCAGAAUGUUGCUCUGAGCUCCAAUCUUGAUACAAACGGUUCAGUGCAUACCUAGCCUUUCUAAGCUCCAAAUGAAUGUCCUUGGGACCCAAGAGCACCUGGAAUUUGUUGGAAGCAGAUCAGAGCGCACAUAUUAAAAGGUGCAAUUGCUUUCCUCAUUACAAAAGAAAAAAAAAUCACAAACAUAUCACACUGUGGAUAUUACCUUAACCAAUGGCAGAAGCCUACUGAAUUUUGUCUUUCUCACAGGGGCAGGUAGUCCCAAAGAACUUGCAAGCAUUGGUGAAAACCCAGCCUCAGCCGCUGCAUGGUUACAGGCAAAAAUCAUGCAUUUUCCUCAGUGGGUGCAACGGUGAAAAUAAACUGGCUUUUGAAAUGUUCAUGUUCACUUUUCCAGUGGAACUUCUGUUACAAUUUGUUUUGAUAAGAGGGGGAAAAAUACCAAAACUAUUGCCUUGCACGAUGCCGGUGGCUUGCUGUUCUGUCUAGCUGAUCCUAAAUUUUUAUAGACAUCCUGCAUGUCUGAGACACGCCAAGGAGGACCAUGGCAUCAUUCCAUCUCAGGGCUUCUUGUCCCUUUGGGUGUCUUAGGGUAGACAUAGUGACCCGAGGCCCAAUCUUGCUAUCUGCAAACAAAAGGAAAAUUAAUCCCUCAACCAACCCUUGUACAAGGAGAUCGAAUUGUUUUCAUUGCUUGCAGCUUAAGUGCCAUUAUUGCCAUUUAAAAAAAAUACUUAAAAGAAGUAUUUGAAAGAUUUCACUUUCCUGUGUGGGUGUUCCUUUAUUCCGAAAGCAUCACUUAUUUUCCUUUGCUCCUUUCUCUCCUCACACCUGCUAGUCACUAAAAUUGGAACACCACUGGGAUUGAUUGUUUCUAGGCAAAGAGUAACCAACAAGUGGUGAUAAUUAUGAUUCCAUGAGGUUAGAACAUCCAGUGAAGGAAAGGGGGGAGUGGCUAGUCAUAGGUUUGGAGAGGAAGAUUCUAAGUGAAUUUUUAUCAGAAAGGGAAAAACACGUACUAGGCCACCCAUCCUGUGUGCGCCUCAGCCUUUUUCAGAGUUGGCUGGCCGUUAUGCGGGUUCAAACUUAGUUAUUUGUGCCACACACUUAAGCAUUUGGACCUGGCAACACUGGGAAGUUGCUGGUUAUGGACCUCCCAGGCUCGGUGCCACUGUUUGCAGAUGUCACAUAACUAAUACAGAGAGGAGAUUUAUCACAAGAUCACAGGACUAGCAGAGACUUCCAGAAACCAUGUAAUGCUUUCUGGGCUUUCAGGGAAAAUUAUACCCACCACAUCCUUGACUACUGGAACCAUGGCAGACCUCUUCCUGCCCAUUUCCCCCAAAUGCACAGCUCUCCCUUGUCUAGGGCACAUGUAGCCCUCCGGCCCCCGCCCCCCGCCCCCCAAUUUUAGGCUCUACUUAAAGUUUUGGCAUUGCUUUUGGAAAGGAGCCAAAUAAGAAUCAAGUUUGAUGAGACCCCUCCUGUCCGAGGUCGGUUUCGGUUAACGCCUCCACGGGGCUGUGGCUCACUGGUGACAUCCUGUGUCCACAUAGUAAUAAAUAGACACUUGGAAAACAAUGUAUAUGCGGGUGUGGGUGUUGGUUCUUCCUAUGGGAAUCAUUCCAGCCCGACAUAAAAUGUGUUUUAAGAAAUUGGUAGAUAACUGGGACUUUUCUUAUUCUGUCAAGUUAAAAGCUUCCUGAUUAAACUGUCCAAGGAUCUCAUUCAUUUGGGUUUCCACCUUCUGUUACUUGGUACCUUCUUUAUAAUAGUGGGUUAAAAUUCUAGACCCUAUAGGCAGAUCUGGCCAAGCGGCUUCCCUGUCUUGUAUCCAGUGGCUUCUAUGGGCCAGGCUCUAGAUGAGGUACUUUAUGGGCGUGGGCUCACUGAAACCUCCCAGCAAUACUCUCCGGGAAGUGUUUGGAAACCCGUUAUACAGUUGAAGACACAGAGGCUCAGGGAAGCUAAGUGAGUAACUUACCUAAGAUCACACAGCAAGAAGGUGGUGGAGCUGGUAUUCAAAGUCUAUCUGACCAAAGUCUGCUUUUGACUUUGCUACAGCGUCCGUGUCAUGCACCCUUGUGAGUGUGAGUGUGCGUGUGAUUGUGUGUGUGUGUGUGUGUGAAUGUGUGUCUUUCUAGUUUCAAGGACACAGCAUACAGAGGUGGGGAGAAGAUCUUUACUGCCAAGACGGUAUGAGGUCUUUGUGUAAACAUGGCCUAACGAGUUGCCCUUGCAGACGCUGAUUGGACAUUAUUUUGGUUUUAGUUUUGGGAAUGCUCUAGGUGGCAUCCUUUCUGUAUUGUUAAAAAUGCCCUUUGAAAGCACACUUUUGCACUUUACUUGCUUAUCCUGCAGGAACUCGGCCUACAGCUGGAAUAGAACAGUUCAAAGCUCUAAGCUGCACACUUUACCAAACAGAACAGGCGUUGGUGUGUGUGUAAAUGCUCGUCCAGAUGAGUCAGAUCACAGUAUUAUGGAGGGAUCGAAAAUAGCCCUUGCCUGGGAGUUCCGCAAGUACAGAUGGGGCCGAGGCCCUGAUGAAUAAAGUCGAAGAAGAGCCCACCCUUUGUGGAGAUUGACCCAUUAGCUCAGUGGACAGAGUGUUUGACAAGCUAUAACAUACUCUCCAGAGGAGAAGCUGAGACUUCACUUCGUGUGUACAAGCUAAGAUUUGGGGGGAGGCCAGUUGUUUUGGAGUUGCUUGAAAGUUACCUUUUUAAGAUGGGACCAAGUAACACAUAGAAUUUGCGUGGAUAAGGCAAAGCUGCUACAAAUUCUACAUACGCAUCGGCACAGCCCCGUCCUUCCAACCUGCAUUCCCCACCCCACCGUCAACCUGGAGAAAACGUUUUGAUUUUGCACGUGGAUAGAGCACAGGGGCAGUAACUUCAGUGCACGGUGUCCGUUGUUUCUCCUGGUAAUUGGGUAUUGAAUUGCUCCUCCACAUGGAUGUGGUGAGAACCAAGGGACAAUUUGGAGAGACUUCAGCUCAACACUCAGUCCUAAUCCAAUAGUGACUCUAGGACUUUAUCACUUUUGGGGAAGGGCCUUACGUGUGUGUAGGUACGGGUGUCCCCGACCUACAGCUAAGGUGACUGGGACUGUUUGUCUGUGCUCCCCAGUCCCAGACUGUGAUCUUGGGCCCCUCAGGCCCCUUGCCUAUAUCUCUGUUACCUCAUCAGCACAUCAAGGGAGUGGAACACAGCUAAGCGUUAAGGUCCCUUUUAGUUCUGCAGUUCCCUGACUAAACACUCCCUGGUCCAUGAGUUAAUUACAUUUAUUAAGAACAUUACUACCUGGGUUUGUAAACACUGACUAACGGGCCCCACUCAUUUUAGGCGAAGAUGAGCGCUUAGUCUCUUGCCCUCUGGGAUUUGUUUUCUUGGUGAUUGAUGGAGACCAGAUGUAUUUGGGAGCCUGGUAUCCACAUGAGGUCCGUGCCCUGUGUAGACUCACUCUGUCACCUUACAAGCACACGGUCACCUAGGGGACUCAUGCCAUGUGGGCAUUUUUUGCAUGGUGUUAAGACUAAAGAAUUUUAAGCUGUUUUUAUUUGCAGUCAGUUGUAGUAAAGUUUACCUUUGAUUACUUUAUGAAUUCAUAUACUAUAGACAGACAUUUCUUACUCAGACGCCUACACACACACACACACACACACACACACACACACACACACACACACACAGAGGAAAUGGCUGCUUUGGGUUCUGUGAGGACUGUUCCAUGUUGAAAGUCCUAGUUGUACUAGAUGUUAGCAAACCACCCUUGCCUCCCUCUGAGAUGAUGCUUCGAGGCUGAGUCGAUUGUCGAUGCUGCUCAUAUAUUUGUAUGCUUAGUUUUGGGGGUUAGUGAGAAUGUGGCCAGAAUUUGGGUAGGGCAGCUUUUUACUCACUGUAUUGGGUAAGAAUGUCGACCAUUCCAAUGUGUACUGUGGUUUCUGAACCAUAGGAAAGGCAUAGGAAAACAAACAAACAUGCAGAGGCUCUCUGAAAAAAAAAAACAUAAGAAAA